AUGCUGCUGGGCCCUCCUCAGCAGUACAAACUGAGGCAAUCACCCACUUCCCAGCUGUCCCAGAAGGAGUUUUGGAGCACUUACACAAAAGCGCAGCAAGGGAGAAGUACAGGAAGUGACUGGUUUCAGUUUUAUCUUACCUUUCCAUUAAUCUUUGGCCUCUUCAUUAUCCUCCUUGUCAUUUUCCUAAUCUGGAGAUGCUUCCUAAGAAACAAAACUCGAAGACAGACAGUGACUGAAGGCCACAUUCCUUUCCCUCAGCACCUUAAUAUUAUCACUCCGCCUCCACCACCAGAUGAAGUAUUUGAUAGCAGUGGAUUGUCUCCAGGCUUUCUGGAAUAUGUAGUUGGGCGCUCAGAUUCUGUCUCCACUCGCCUGUCCAACUGUGAUCCCCCACCGACCUAUGAAGAAGCCACUGGCCAGGUGAACUUACGGAGGAGUGAAACAGAACCUCAUUUAGACCCACCCCCAGAGUAUGAGGACAUUGUCAAUUCUAACUCAGCCAGUGCCAUUGCUAUGGUGCCUGUGGUCACCACCAUCAAAUAAAGCUGCAAACUUCUUUUUACUCUAAUCAUUUUUAAAAUACUAAUGAAAGGACUUUCUAGCACUU